CACGCGCAGUCAUUUUUCUCUCCUAGGAAAGAUGAAUCUGUGAUUUCCACAGAUGGUGGAAAUGAGGAGACAGACACUGACAGCCUCCAUGUUGCUAGAGGAUUGUCUCAUCCUGGGCUUUUGUCAAGUUUAUCCAAUAAGGCAUCAGUGGUCCCAACCCCUUUGCUUCCUUCUGGACAAUCUGAUCUCCGGUUCAAUCGUCUUCGACCCUCAAUUGAUGAAAGUGAUUGCAAAUACAAAAGAUUAUUUGGCUACUAUGUUGCUCGUGAGGCUGUAAUCGAUGAGGAAUACUGGAUCGUUGCAUGGUUGAGAGCAGAAGAUCAGUAUGAAAAUGAGUCAGGCAAUCGCUAUGUUGAAAGCUUUAAAAGAAAGUUUGCAUCAAAGGAAUUCCAUGCAUUAAAGAAGAGAUGCAACAAACAACAUAGAGAGAAGUAUAUCUGUCUUGUCGUGGUAAAGAACGAUGACAUCAGGCGAACUGUCCUGAAUAGUGUUGUUGGUACCUUAGAUGUAUGUGUAAGGCAUCCUCUAUAUGGGGAGAAAUUUCCUGAGGAGCUUGGAAAACCGUCUCUUCACUGUCGAAUUUAUCAGCCUGAUCAGCCAAAAUUUGGGUAUGUAACAAAUGUAUGUGUUGCUAAAUAUGCAAGGCGUCAAGGGAUUGCUAGCAACAUGCUAUUAUAAUAUAUGUCCAUAUGUAAGUAAUGUAGAAAUCAUGCCACAACAUAUUUCGAUAAGAGGGCCAUAUUUGUGAGCUA